AAACCACACUCCUACAAACAUUCAUUCAUUUCCCAAUUAAGUUGUGAUCUAGCUAGCUAGCUACCAAUAUGAAAACCCUAGCACUACUCUUCUUCUCACUUUCCCUCUAUCUCCUCCCCAACCCAACUCACUCCACGUUCAAUCCCAUCCGCCUCCCCACCGCAGAUGAACCCCUAGCGUCUAGCACCCCGGUGCUGGACACUGACGGCGAAGAGCUCCGGCCGGGCCAAGAUUACUACGUAACCUCCGUCACAUGGGGAGCAGGCGGCGGAGGAGUGAAACUCGCCGGGCUGGACUCGCAGAGCGCGUGCCCGAGCGACGUCAUCGUAUCCCGCAACAGCUUCGACCUCGGCAACCCCAUCACGUUCACGCCGGCCGACCCGAACGCCACCGAGGUCUCCCCGUCGACCUACCAGAGCUUCAGCUUCAACGUGGCGAGCAACAAAGUGUGCCAAGACAAGCUAUCUUGGGGGGUUCAGUACGACCGGAGAAGCGGGCAAUAUAUCAUAAAAACCGGCGAGUUUGUAGAGAACCUAAGCAACCAGUUCAAGAUUGAGGUGGCCCAACCCUCCCUUAACGCCUACAAAUUGACUUAUUGUCAGUUUGGGAGUGAUAAAUGCUACAACCUUGGCAAAUACACCGACCGGCGGUCGAGGGCUACGCGUUUGGCUCUGAGUAAUAAUCCCUUCUUUGUUGUGUUUCAGAAAGCUAGUGAUGUGUAAUCACAGUGUAAGCACCGGUAAUAUGGUUGCAUGCUGGCUAUAUAUAGCUAUGAGAAAUAAGUGACGUUGUAGCUUUGACAACGUAAGUUUAAGAAUAAACAUGCAACAAAUCUGUUUGUAAUGACAUGUUUAAUUUGGAAAUUAACCAACCCUUUGAUUGUGAA